UACAGUUCUACUCUCCUUCCUUCCUAUAACUAUUUUGCCAUAAGUGGAAAGAAAACAGAGCAAAUCUUUUCAUCUGCAAUGGGAAUCUGCGCAUCAUUUGCGUCGCGGGAGACUCGCCGUGAAAAAGUGAUGCUCUUAGAAGGAAGUAAUUUUUCCAAUGGAAAUCUUGGUCUCGGCUCUCUUUGCUCUAAGCAAGGGAGCAAAGGAGUGAACCAAGACGCUGCAAUUCUUUACCAGGGCUAUGGAGCGGAAGAUGGAGUUUUGUGUGGAGUUUUUGACGGGCAUGGGAAGAAUGGUCAUACGGUGAGCAAGCUAGUAAACAACCGCCUGCCGUCGCUCAUACUAAGCCAGAAAAAGGCUCUGGCGCAGAUUAAUGCAGUCGACGAUAAUGGUAACUUUCAAAACCACGUUGAGAGAAUAGAAGGUGAAUUUAUAAUACCAAGCAAGAGUUUUCAUAUAUGGAAGGAGGCUUGCGUUGAUGCCUUCAAGGUGAUGGACAAGGAGAUAAAGCUUCAAGAGAAUUUGGACUGCUCUUGUAGCGGAGCCGCCGCUGUUGUUGUCAUAAAACAGGGUGAAGAUCUUGUUAUAGCUAAUCUAGGGGACUCAAGGGCAAUUUUAGGGACAAUUACAGAUAAUGGAGUUGUAGCAAUUCAGUUAACCACCGACUUAAAGCCAGGGUUACCUUGUGAAGCAGAAAGAAUAAGGAAAUGCAAUGGCCGAGUGGGUGCAUUAAAGCAAGAGCCACACAUCCAACGAGUGUGGCUGCCCAAUAAUGACUCUCCGGGCCUAGCCAUGUCACGAGCUUUUGGAGACUUCAUACUCAAAGACCAUGGCAUCAUUGCCAUCCCAGACAUCUACUAUCGCCGCCUAAAUUCCAACGACCAAUUCAUCCUUCUUGCAACCGAUGGGGUCUGGGACGUGCUCAGUAAUGAUCAAGUUGCAUCCAUUGUUUGGGCAGCAGAUAGUGAACAGGCAGCAGCAAGAAUGGUGGUGGAGGCAGCCACCACCGCCUGGAAAAGAUACCCUUCUGCAAAAGUUGAUGAUUGCAGUGUCGUUUGCCUAUUUUUGCAAAAGAAGCGCCACGUUUUUAUGCCGUCAAAGGGCACUUGAGCUGGAUUUGACUUCGUUCCGGUGAAAAAAUCACUAGAACUGCUUCUUAUAAUGUGUUUGGAAGCAUUUCCGCUUGUUCCCCUUUAUUUUCUCGAGCAUUUUUGCUUAUUCCCCUUCUCUUUCCUCCCUUCAGAUUAAGAGUGAAAGAUACCCCUUUGUUUUCUUUCCCCUUUCCUUCUUCGAUUAGGAAAAUAUACAUAUACAAUAUAUGAGAUCUCAUUGCAAA